GCGGUAAUGCACCAAAAGUUGGCUUGCCCACCGCCAAUAAACGUCACAAGAAGAAGAAGAAGACGACGACGACGACGACUAAUAGAAAAUGUAGAUAAGAGGCUGAUGAAAAUACUCUUUUUUUCCUCCUGUUUUUUUUUUAUUUUCCCAAGAGGCUUUUGGCAACGUUUUGAAAAUGGCCACAAGUAUUGAAGGUCUAAAUUUGGUCUUGUUGGGAAAAAUAGGAGCUGGGAAAAGUUCAUCAGGAAACACAAUACUGGGAAGAGAAGCUUUCAAAUCAAGGAAAAGCUCCAGAUCUGUCACACGAGAUGUUGCUGUUGAAUCUGGAACAGUUUAUGGGUUUCCAGUCAUUGUUUAUGACACACCAGGAUUAUAUGAUACAGACAUGAGUGAACUGGAGAUUGAGCAGAAAUAUAAAGAGGUUCUUCAGAUAUGUGAAUAUGGCACCUGUGUGUUUCUGCUGGUCAUCAAAGCUGACAGAUUCACUGAAGAAGAGAGAAAAACUGUGGAGAAGAUUGAGAAGCUGUUAGGAAAAGAGCGCAUGAAGAACACCUGGAUUCUCUUCACCAGAGGAGACGAACUGGAGGAUGAAAACAUGACAAUACAAGAAUUCCUUGAUGACACUGAACCACUGAAGAACCUCGUUCAGAAAUAUGAUCAGAGAUGCCAUGUGUUCAACAACAAGAAGAGAGGACAUACUGAACAAGUUCGAGGGCUGUUUAUGAAAAUACUUAAGACAUACUUACAGGAAGGAGAAGCAAAGAGACUGAUGCUGAAUCCACUGAGGAGAAAAAUACCAAAAGACAUUGAACCAGACACUCCUGUCUCCAGUCUCUCAUCCAGACGAAUUGUUCUUCUGGGUAAAACUGGUGUUGGGAAGAGUGCAGCUGGUAACACAAUACUGGGACAGAAAGAGUUCAGAUCUGAGAUGAGCAUGUAUUCAGUAACCCGUGAAUGUUCAAAAGCUCAUGCCACUGUUUCAGGCAGAUCUGUGUCUGUAGUUGAUACUCCUGGAUUAUUUGACACAGAGAUGAAACCUGAAGAAUUAAUGAUAGAGAUAGCCAGAAGUGUUUAUUUAUCCAGUCCUGGAUCUCAUGCUUUUCUCAUUGUGUUUCCUGUGAAUAAUAGAUUCACUGAUAUAGAGCAGCAUAUUCUUCAGAUGAUUGAGAUGAUGUUUGGUCAGGAGGUGUUAAAAUACUCCAUCAUUCUCUUCACUCAUGGAGAUCUGCUAGAAGAAAAGUCUGUAGAGGAAAGCAUUGAGUGUAGCAGUGGUUUAAGAUGUCUAGUUCAGCAGUGUGGAGGCAGAUUUCACGUCUUCAACAAUAAAGAUCAGAAUAACAGAGAGCAGGUGAAUGAUCUACUGCAGAAGAUUGACACAAUGAUAGAGCAGAAUGGAGGAGGACACUACAGUAAUCAGAUGUAUGAAGAUGCUCAGAGAUUCAGACGAGAGGAAGAAGAGAGGAGACAGAGAGAGGAAGAGGAGAGAAAACUACAAGAGGAGAAACAAAGACAAGAGGAGAUUGAGAGAGUGAGAGAAGAGACAGAGAGGAGAGUCAGAGCAAAAUUUGAAAUGGCUCAGAGUUUCAGACAAGAGGAAGAAAAGCAGAGACAGAGAGCGGAAGAACAGAGAAAACAAAGAGAAGAGAUUGAGAGAGUGAGAAAAGAGACAGAGGAGAGAAGAGUAGAGAAGGAGGAAACUAGACCAUGGUUUAAUAGAAGAAGUUUUUGGGUUAAGGCUGGAGCUAUUAUUGCUGCACCUGUUGUUGUUGCUGCUGCUGUUGUUGCUGCACCUAUUGUUGGUGUUGGAGCUGUUGUUGUUGCUUCUGCUGCUGGAGCUAGUGCUACUGGAGCUGCUGCUGCUGGAGCUGUUGCUGCUGCUGCUGGAGCUGUUGCUGCUGCUGGUGGAGCUGCUGCUGGAGCUGUUGCUGCUGCUGGUGAAGAUAUUGCCAGAGCUGAUGAUGCUCAGAGGGAGCAGAGAAGGGAAGAGGAAAGAAAACAACAGAGAAAAAAAAAAUAAAGAGGUGCUUGGAAGAAAGUAAGAAGAUUAGAGUAAAAAGUUCAACAGAAGAACGAAAGAGAAGAUGCAGACACGGAAGAGGGGAAGAGCGAGCAAUAACAGCACUGCUACAGUACAGUCUUUGUUGGCUGAUAAAAUGAGCCUGAGAAAAGCACUUCUCUGCUUAAGAUAGUGUUUUCUGGGAUGAUCGUCAUCAUCCUCGUCAUACUCACUGCUCUGUUCCAGCUGGAGAUCUCAAGAACAGUACAGUAUAAAACACUGUAAUACACCAGAACAGCUGGAAAUGAACAUUUCCACAUCCAGCUGAUGAGAUGCACAGGAUCAGCGGUAGUCAGAGCAGAACCUGCAUGCAUUUUAAUCUGUGUCUAUCUGUGCUGUUCAGUACUUCAACAUCUAAUCGUGAUGUUUGUCAGUGUGUCAGGCUGCAUGAUGCAGAAGAGUAGAAGUCAAGUACACAGAAAGUAAGAGGAAAGCAGACACAUGCAUCUCAAGCUAAAACAACAUAUUGGACCUGCAUGGCUUCAGAACAGAAAAUGAACACUGUCUUCAUCAGUUCAAGAAAGAAUUGUUCAGGAUUUAGUCUCGCCGCUGAGGUCCCGAAACCUACUUCCACUGGAAGACGCACCUCUCUCCCGAACAACAGAUAAUAAGGAUCCAGGGUACCCAGCAUGGAAAGGAGAGUUUGAUUGAAACGCUCCGGCCAAAGACAGUGACUGUGGCGGCCAGGCGACUGGAGUCCGAUAGAAGCAGCACAAAAUCAACACAGCACGUCUACACUCUCCCGUCUACUAACCAACCAGGAGCACCAUAAAUGAAUAGGCCACAGGUGUAUGGGGCGGAGAAGGGAAUGAACCAAA